AUGCAUCACGCACGCACAUCGGCGUUCGCGCUCCUCAUCUCCCGCGAUACCGUAGCGACGAUGAUAGCGGGAUUAGCGGCUCUCCCUCGGCACGUUCCGGAGAUCCUCGGCCUGUUUCGCCCCACUCUACGUGAUCACGCCAGCUCUACGAGAGCGAGUGAGACCGCGUCGCCCUCUCUCGCCCCCCACAACGAACCGCCGCUCGGCGUGGCUCGUCUCCGCCCGCUCGGCCAGUCUGUUUCAAGCCUCGCGUGGAUACUCUCGCACUUUUGUGCUCCGAAGCGGGCACCGCGCCUCCACGCUGCCUUUGUGACUGGAUGCAACAGUGUUGGUUACAGUGAUAGUGCUGUGUGGCUACCGGGCCUGCGUCUUCGCUGCACGGAGUUUAUUGGCGUCUUCCUCAGAAAGCCGAGACGGCGGCCG